UUCAUAAUGGCAAGGAAAAAAUUUACGUUGCCACCAAUAAAAUAGAAAGUUGACAUUUUAAAGAAACUAAGUGCAGGAUAUUCUGUCAAUUCCUUAGCCAAAAGUUUUCAAGUGCAUACAUAGAUCAACAACAGCUCUUAUUAAGAAAAAUGAAGCCACCAUAAAGAAGUUCGUGUCGCAUGCUGAAUCUGGUCCUGGAAAGGGGAAAACGUUUAAACCAUCAGAACUUUCAAAAAUGUAAAAAGCACUUCUGAAAUGGUUUGCAAAACAGCGAGCAAAGAACUUACCCAUCACGACUGAUAUGCUCAAGGUAAAGACCACAAUUUUCCAUGCAAAAAGACAGGAAAAGCCAGGUGACUUUCGUGCUAGCAGUCACAAAUAUGGUUUGAACAAGGAGCAGAUAUACUUACAUACAAUGCCGAUGAGUCUGGCCUCUUUUGGAAGCUUUUGCGUAAUAGAACUCUUUUGCGCUCAAAAGAACCUCGGCUCCGUGAAACAAGAUCAAUAAAGAAAGAAUAACUUUUCUUGUUUGUGCGAAUGUGUCUGGUAAUCAUAGAGUAAAAUUAGAGGUUAUUGUGAAAUCAUUGAAUCCACGCUAACAUAAAAAUUUUACGGAUUUGCCUGUUAUCUACAAAGGAAAUAAAAGUGCUUCGAUGACCAUGGCUUUAUUUGAAGAAUGGUUUUACAAAACAUUUGUUCCAGAGGUAAAAGAGUUUCUCCGUGGCGAAAAUCUUCCCGAAAAGGCUAUUUUACUUUUAGACACUGCACUCUGUCACCCCAAAGAAAGAGAAUUAAAGAGUACUGAUGGUCAAAUAUUGAUAAUGUGUCCUCCUCCGGAUUGUACUGCUGUUAUACAGCCCAUGGACCAGAAUGUCAUAAGGCUUACGAAAAUGAACUACAAAACAAGUCUUUUAGGUCACAUCGUUCGACGAGGAAAAUCAGUAAACGAAACUCUGAAAAGCAUCAGCUUGAAAGACGCAAUAUAUUUUUUAUCUAAGGCAUGGAAUGCCUUAAAUGUAUCUUCAAUUCCGUCAUCUUUUCAAAAAUUGUUUGACAUAACAACCGAAUGGAAUAAUGAAGAUAACAUUCCUCUUUCAGAGUUACGUUUACAGCUAGCUGAAAAUGCAUCUAAAAUUCACCCCAUUUCAAGUUUGCUUCAAGAACCAUUGCAGAAAAAAUCCAAUUCGGAAAUUGACCAAUGUAUUGUUGAACCUAUAUUGGAGUCCAUGAAGUUCACUGUGCUGAUGAUGAUAACUCUACUGAGGGUGAAGAAACAAACGACGUGAUCCUCAAUAUGAAGAAAGUUACGUCGGCGGAGACAAUAUCAGCAUUCCAUGUAUGCCUAGAAUGGGCGGAGCAAAGCAACGUUUCCUUAAGGGGGUAUUCUUGUCUAGGAUUUUGAAAAAAAACGAUUUUUUU